UUUUUUAAUUAAAUGAACUUCGAUGCUCAGCAAACAUGUGUAUAAUUAUUUAGCUUAUGAUUAUGAGUGUAUGAUUGACGUGUGGUCAUUUAUGUACGUUCAAACUCAAUUAUUCAUUUUCGUAUUGUCUGAUACGCUGGGGUAACAACCACUUUGAUAAACCACACAAAUUACAAACAACAAAUAUGCGUACUUUAAUUAUGUUGAUGAAAUUAAAUUUUAACACGUUUUGUGUAAGUAUUACAUUUGCAACUUACUCGAACGUAAUUAAAAUAUGCUAUCUAUUGUAGACAAUAGCAAUUAUCUUCAUUAAUAACUCUGCCAGAACAAACGUAAAUUACAUUAUGUAAUGGCGGCGGUGUUCCGUUAUUUAUUAGUGUCGUUUUACACUAAAGUAGGAACAAUAGAUUGUUUCGAUAGAUUAAAGACAAAUGUGCUAUAGUGGCCUGUAGACAACUAGAGUAAUUUGUGCUAAAGCAAGAAUAAUGCCCGUCAUGCAUAGAAUAAUGCUAAUUGGAUUGAUAUUGCUGGUGAUUGCAUGCGAUUAUUAUGUUAACUCGGCGGGGAGUUUACUCAGCGAAAAUUGGAAGUUUCAUUUUCCUAGUGGUAGUGGUAUGGGCCUUUUUUUAGCUAUAGCUUUGCCUUUGGAACGUUCGCAUAGUACAUUUAUGGCGUAUAAUUUUGAAGCUAACUAUGCAUUGCCUAAUGAAGUGGUAGAGUAUGAAUAUCCGCCAUUGAUCGAGAGGAAAGCGAAAAUGUUUGAUCGACGGUUUGUUUAUGAUGCUAUCGAAUCCAAAAUGAAAAUGUAUGGUUUUCCGGGUAAAAAUUGUUUGUUACGCACGAUUUGUGAAGCUUCCGAGGAAACUGUUCAGCAUAAUGGAGUGCUUGGGGAUAUAUUGCACAUUAUAUUCACACCAUCAUCGUCAAAAGAUAAUAUUACUAACGAAUAUGAACUGGCGGAGGUUAAAGGGAGGGAACGUAGUUGCAAAGAGUACAAUAAAAACUGUACAAUCAGUUUUUUAAAUGUUAUUAGUUGGAUUGGUGAAGCUCUGUAAGAUUAUUUCAAUAAUUAUAUCCAAAGAUUUGUC